AUGUCAGACUCACAUUAUAGCAGCAGCGAGAUGAAUUACUUUAAGGAGGCAUUAGAUGAGGACAAUGUGAUUUUAACAUUGGUUCCAGUUGUAGAGGAACCUAAAAAAGAACAUCUAGUGGAACCAAGUGUUUCUUCAACCGCAGAUAUCAAACCUGCAGAUAUCAAAUCUAAGAAGCCUUGGCAAAGCAAUAAAGUUGAUUUGUCACAAGCAAACGAACAAUUCAAAGCUUCCCCAAAACCUAAGUGCAAAAAAGCAGUUUUUCCCCUGCCAACCAUUUUGCCCCCAAUUACUAAGGUGUCUCGGAACACUUUGCGGAACUGGUGCCAACAACUUAAUUUGAGUACAGAUGGCCAGAAAAUAGAAGUGUAUCUGAGGCUCCAGAGACAUGCGUAUCCUGAACAAAUACAGGAUGUUCCUGACAUACCACGAGAAGCCAAAAUGCAGUCAUGUCCAAGAAAAAGUACUAAUAGAGCAAGGCUUCAGGACAGUUGUACUAGGAGCAAUGGAGAGGAAGAAACUAAUAUAGUUGAAGUGAUAACUUCAGCUCAGGAAGCCACGUUGGCAUCUUGGGCAAGAAUUGCUGCAAGAGUCAGUCAGCCCAAGGCUGUGAAUUCGUCUUCCAUUCCUACUUCAGUUGAAGCCUUUUUGCAGGAAGCCUCUGGUGUCAGGUGGUGUGUAGUUCACGGCAGACUUCUCCCUGCAGAUGUACCGGGCUGGGUUCGCCUGCAGUUCCGUGCAGGCCACACCUGGGUACCUGAUACUCCCAAGAGGAUGAUUUCUCUCUUUCUGUUACCAGCCUGUACUUUUCCAUCCCCAGGACUAGAAGACAACAUGUUAUGCCCUGAAUGUACUAAGAGGAAUAAGAAGAUGAUGAGAAGAUUAAUGUCAGUGGGGGAGAAAAAACACCACACUGUAAGAAAACAGAAUAUGCCACCCCAAAAUAUGCCACCUUAAACUGUGUUCGUGUUGUUUUUAUCUGAGAGUAAUUGAGAAGAAGCAGAUACAAGGAGAAUUCUUUGCCUUCCCGCUAUUUAACAAAAAAGCCACUUUUUCACUAAAAAGUGGUACCUAAGUUUAUGAAAGUCCCACCUCCCCCUCUCUACCAGGAAGGCCAUAUGGUGGAGUCCACAACAGAUUGGCUUGCAUCUGAAUAAUUCUGACCGUCUUCAGUGUCUCCUCAUACCUCAAGUACAGACUUACUAAGUAUUUUGUUAUGUAGAAUGUGAUUUUGUUUUGUUUUAGAAUGCUUGCUAUAUUUGAACAGUUUCAGGGGAAAAUACAGAGUUCCCAGAUAUUUGCCCCACUCCCCAGCCCCACCACGCAUGAUUUUCUCAACAUCUUGCAUUCGUGUGAUACAUUUGUUACAAUUUAUGAGUCAAUUUGGGCACGUUGAUUAAAGUCCAUAC